AGGUCGAGGAUACUUCCCUCAAGCUCCUAAAAGACUACGAGCCGGAAGCUAUUGGAUUGGAGAUUCCUGAGCGGCUUUUUCGAGAAGUGUUUGUGCAACGCGCAGACGUUACCCGCACUGGAGACUGGCAGACUGGAAGGCCAUCUCAGCCUGCCUUUAUGGACAUGAAUCUCAACACCCUCAGAGAUGCAAAAGCUCAGCCAAGAGCUGUCAUUUGGCAGCACGACAACGAGGACUGCUUCAACCCCUGCGGCCUGUUGAUGGCAUAUGAAGAGGAGAAGGUCAAGCCCGUGGUGUCGGACUUUGACCCUUUCGUGCUGGGCUGUGCCGGCCCAAUGAACUUUCAGCCACUUCCACCAGGUCAAGUGGAGUUGGUGAAGUGGAGCCUUAGGCAGAUUGAGGACGUGCUAGCGACACCAGGCACCUCUGGUUGGACUGGCAGAUGGCUUGAAACUCUCAAGCGUGCGUCUGACAAGGGCUUUCAUCCCGAAAUGCCCAGGUAUGGCUUUGGCGACCCCACCUCUCAUGACAUUGUGGGGGAGUUCGUGGCCGCCACGAAUCUGUUGGGAGCAGUGCGCCAUGGAGCGGAGUGCUUUAACUUCUAUUUCCCCCAGGACCUUGACGAGGAGUUUCUGGUCGUUUCUAGCACCUUCGGUGCACAACCUUGGAGGUACAUGAAGGAGCCGGAGCUGCGGGAAUUCUUGAUGGAUAGCAUUUCUCAGGGAUACAGCUUUCCAUUGAACCCGAAGUGGAUCAUUUGUGAUGCAGGCUGGCGCGAAGUCUUUGAAAAGCUGAGAGAAAAUGAGGAAAGCCGGAAACACCUGGCAUGUUGGUUCCCGCCUGAUUCGGGAUUGAUUGAAACCAUCGAUGAGCUGUGUCAGAAGUUUCCUGACGGUUUCAUCAAGCCAGCCGGUGCUGUGGAGAUUGACGUUGACCUUGCCGAAUUCCAGUUGAAGCGGUACCAAACACUUCAGAGGGCAAGACGGAAGCUUCGAGUUGUCUUGCGGUGGAUGGACAAGACACCCAAAAAGGAUAAAGAUGGCACAGGGGAGGAGAGGUUGGCGACAAACCAGGUAGGAUGCGGCCCAUUGCCUGGUCCACACCAGCUGCCACAUCUGCAGGGUUCACCGGAGUCAAGAAGAGUCGCGUGGGCUGCACCUGAAGAUUCGCCAGAGCAGUCAAACGGGAAAAAGAAGGAAGAAACAACAAAGCCCGGCAAGAAAAAGAGGUCUUGCUUCGGCAUUUUUGGCUGCUGGUCCAGCAAGAGCACAGUAAAUCCAGAGUAGAUGGUGCAAAUCCCAAUGUUUUUUCUUUUUGUUUCGAUGGACCCAAUGCUUACCCAUCCGUUGGUUUUGCGUCAUCUAUACAGUGAUCUAGUGUGAACUUACGAAAAGUGAAUGGGUUUGAGAGCCCUGCCAAGCGGAAAGAGUCACUCUCAUGACUCUUCACUGGUCACUCUGCCGGCUUGUGAAAUUACACGAGCUGGGUGUUCAUGCAGGAUGCAAUCUUGAAAUUUGCAGACCCUUUUAAACUGUUGAGCCAACUGUAGCAGCCUUGGCCUGCCAAACCCAUUCUCAUCGCCAUGGCGGUUUCAUUGACAAGGAUGGUUGAGCCAUGCCCUUGUCUGUCUCGUUGACAAGUCAUUCAUCGUUGAGCUGUUUUCUCGCCAUGAACUGGAAACCAGUUUGUGCAAGCGAGGCAUCGACCUGAUUUGGGCAAAGACUCAGAAGAGACCCCCAAAA